AUGAUUUCACGUCCAGAUGGACGGCACUUCGGCGUCAGUGAGCUGGCUCAGGAGUGCUUCAACGGGAGCCAGACACUCUAUUUCCUUCUUGAAGCUGCCUUGGGGGGUGAGCUCUAUGCAACCUACAACCGGAAAGGCCUGCACGGGAGCGAAAAGCAUGCAAAGUUCUACAUUGCAGGCACAGUCUGUGCGCUGGCUCAUCUGCAUGACAGACGCAUUAUCUACCGAGACCUGAAACCGGAGAAUCUGCUGCUCAACGAGUCUGGGCAGCUGAAGCUCACGGACAUGGGUCUCGCAAAGUUCGUCGUUGGGAAGACUUUCACGACGUGUGGGACUCCGGAUUACUUUGCUCCAGAGCUCAUCUCCUCGACCGGGCACACGAUUGCAGUGGAUUGGUGGACGCUUGGAAUUCUGCUUUUUGAGUUUAUGGCUGGACAUCCUCCUUUCGAGUCGCCGACACCAGUCGAGACAUACUCGAAAGUGAUGAAAGGUAUCGGGAAGGUGAAGAUGCCGCCGAAGUGCCAAGGGGCCAUCGGCGAUCUGAUCAAAGGUCUGCUAAAGAAGGAGCCCAGCGAGCGGCUACCAAUGCGACCUGGCGCAAUCCAGAACGUCAAGGAUCACAAAUGGUACGUUGGCUUCAACUGGGAAGGCAUGGAAAGCCAGAAGUUGGAUCCUCCAUACAAGCCGAUCGUCAAGAGCAAGAAGGACAUGACAAAUUUCGUCGCGAGGAAGGAUGAUAUGCCAAACCAGAUCGAAUACGAAGAUGAUGAGAGUGAAUGGGACCAAGACUUCGCCACCUGA